GAAUUGGCGUGGGGCGGUGGUGGUUGGCUGCUUGAGGACGGGUCCCUGGUCGUGCCUGUCAGAGAGGCUGGCGGCAGUGGCGGCUCUCCGGGCUGGGUUGUCAGUCUGUGAGAGGAGGGGGAAGAUGGCUCGCUGGGACCCGUUCUGCUAGGAAGAAGGGGAGCAGGUGGUGCUGCUACUCGGGAGGAAGCAGAGCAGCUGCCGUCGCUGUGGCUGCGAGCCUCACGAGUCGAGGUCCUGCAGGUGGAGCUCCGGCAGCCGCUCUGGUUGAAGGUUUAGAACAGAUGUGGAAAAAUGUUUACUUCAGAGAAAGGGGUUGUGGAGGAAUGGUUGUCAGAGUUUAAGACAUUACCAGAAACAUCUUUAUCAAAUUAUGCCACAAAUUUGAAAGACAAGAGUUCUUUAGUUUCAUCUCUCUAUAAAGUUAUCCAGGAGCCACAAAGUGAGUUGCUGGAACCUGUCUGUCACCAGCUCUUUGAAUUCUAUCGCAGUGGAGAGGAGCAGUUGCUUCAAUUUACGCUGCAAUUUCUCCCAGAACUAAUUUGGUGCUACCUUGCAGUCUCAGCCAGCAGAAAUGUGCAUAGCAGUGGAUGCAUUGAAGCUCUUCUUCUAGGGGUUUACAAUUUGGAAAUAGUUGACAAACAGGGACAUAGCAAAGUAUUGAGUUUUACAAUUCCAUCUUUAUCCAAACCAUCUGUAUAUCAUGAACCUUCCAGCAUUGGGUCCAUGGCUCUGACCGAGAGUGCACUAUCCCAGCAUGGUUUGUCAAAAGUGGUAUACAGUGGACCUCAUCCUCAAAGGGAGAUGCUGACAGCACAGAAUAGGUUUGAAGUGUUGACAUUCCUUUUGUUGUGUUACAAUGCUGCCUUAACCUAUAUGCCCAGUGUUUCUCUUCAGUCACUGUGUCAAAUUUGUUCAAGAAUCUGUGUUUGUGGAUAUCCUCGACAACAUGUAAGAAAAUACAAAGGUAUAAGUAGCAGGAUACCAGUUUCUUCAGGAUUCAUGGUGCAAAUGUUAACAGGGAUUUAUUUUGCCUUUUACAAUGGAGAAUGGGAUCUCGCUCAAAAAGCACUGGAUGAUAUUAUAUACAGAGCCCAGCUAGAAUUAUAUCCAGAGCCAUUGCUGGUUGCUAAUGCAAUAAAGGCUUCAUUGCCUCAUGGUCCCAUGAAAUCUAAUAAGGAAGGUACAAGGUGUAUUCAAGUUGAAAUCACACCAACUUCCUCUAGAAUAUCAAGAAAUGCAGUAACCAGCAUGUCAAUAAGGGGUCAUAGGUGGAAAAGACAUGGAAAUACAGAAUUAACAGGUCAAGAAGAACUGAUGGAGAUAUCUGAAGUUGACGAGGGAUUUUAUUCCAGGGCUGCGUCUAGUACCAGCCAGUCGGGUUUAUCAAACAGUAGUCACAAUUGUAGUAACAAGACAAGUAUAGGAAAGAACCAGAGACGGUCAGGAGGAAGCAAAACUGGAGGAAAAGAAAAAGAAACUACAGGGGAAUCUUGCAAAGAUCACUUUGCUCGAAAACAAACUCAGAGAGCCCAAAGUGAGAAUCUUGAGCUUCUCUCUUUGAAGAGACUUACUCUAACAACCAGCCAAUCCCUACCUAAGCCUAGUAGCCAUGGUUUGGCUAAAACCGCAGCGACUGUAUUUAGUAAAUCCUUUGAACAAGUCAGUGGUGUCACAGUCCCACAUAACCCGUCAUCUGCUGUUGGUUGUGGGGCUGGGACAGAUGCCAAUAGGUUUUCAGCCUGUAGUCUCCAAGAAGAAAAGCUUAUUUACGUUUCAGAAAGAACUGAACUUCCAAUGAAGCAUCAAUCAGGUCAGCAGAGACCUCCUAGUAUUAGCAUUACUCUGUCCACAGAUUAAUUAGUAACGUAUUUUUCUCCCAUAACCCAGUGAACCCAGAAAUACAACUUUGCUUCUUUAUGAAAGUACCCUGGGUCUUUCAUCCGUGUUCCUGACAGGAGCCCUGAUGUCUUAAAUUCUGAAGGCUCCCCUGACUUUAUGAAGGGAAGAUUGUCUAGGUUGCAGUAAGUUGAAAUAUGGUUUUUUUUAUUUCUUGAUUAAGAUUUUUUCCCCUUGGUUUGAGUCUUUUUUUCCCCCUUCUUAUUUGUUAUUAUUGCCCUAAGAUUAUCAGUGACAAUAAAUUUUGACAGGUUGUCUGAUCAAGUUGGUUAUGUCUCAUGUGAGGUUAUAAGGUAGUUUUUCUUGUUUUGGUUUGGGUUUUUAAUAGCUCCUAUUUUGGUGGCUGUGUGUUUGACCUUCAGAGUCAAAGGGAGUCUCCAUGUAUGGGAACUGUUUUAUAGAGGAUGGGACAGAGGCACAACUCCAGGAAUUCUCCAGCUCCUGGUCAGGAAGCCAAUCUGAAAAACAGGCGUGUGGAAACACAAAAAUGAUGUGUAUGAAAAGCACCUGAUGAAAAUAUUAGUAAGCAGAUCAUCUUUAUGAUUAGAACAAUUUGCUCAAAGCACUGGAAAAUGCCUGGUAACCCAGUACCUAGAAUAUUAUACGAUUCCAGGGGAUGGGUAGAGGCAUUUCUGUUGUUAUCUCUGAAACAUUUUUAUAUCAAAAAUCAGAUUGCUGGUAGGUGUGUUGUUUUGAAGUGUUUGGAUUUAGCAGGUGAAGAUCCCUUUCAAUUAUUAAGGUAUAAUAGGUCAUAAAGCUGAUUUACCCUACUGCUGUACUUUAGAAAUCCUAGUUAGUUUGGACUCCUAUAAUUCAGAGCAUACGUCAUUGGAAGACUUCCUGGAAAUCAAUGUAAAUCUUGCAACACAGCUCUCAAGAUACCACUGUGUAAUAUGGAAUUGUUUGUAUGCAAAUGCAUUUUUCAUCUAUAAAAUGUCAUGAAAGAAAAUAAAGAUAGUAAAAUAUGGACAAAGGACAUUUAUAUAUUAACUAAUUUAGAGUUGUUUAUGUUUGUGUUCUUAAAUUUAAAAUACGAAAAAAAAGAAAUGUCUUUCUUGUUUGUGAAUAGACCUAUUUAAAAUAUCUUAGUAUGAUAUCAAAAGAAUAAUCAAUUUAGUUACCUCCCAACUAAAAAUUAAAAAUAAAAAAGAUGAUAUAGCAGAAGUUGAGACAAACUUGUAUGUAUCUGUAUGUGACCUCUAGAUGGAAAUAAAAGUUUAGUGUUUGCUAGCAGUGGUCCUUUUGGCUAUCGUUGGGGUUCCCUUGUAAAGUAAGUGUACUUAAGUCAUCAUUCAGAGAGAGAGCAGGGCUGAGGCUGAGUCAGUUGACUGUUGAGGAAGUCCUAAGGAGCUGUCCGGUUGGCUCUUUCACUGUGAGUACACAGCGGUUUCCUUCUUCAUAGUCCCUCUCUGUGGUCACCAAGAGAGCAUGCUAGUGUUUUCCUCUUGUACCUGCUUAUGCAGAGCUCAGAUAUGUGAAAAAUUUGUACGCUUUGAAGGCCGCCAAAGCAUUUAUACUCUGAACAUAGUUUUGACCGCAAUUGCUUUGGCUACCACUUUAAAUUGAAUUCUUCAAAAAGCAUGAACUGGUUUUCAUUCAUUAGCCCUGAUUACAAUGUGGUUUUUGACAUAAAUGAAUUUGAUUUUUUUUUUAAGCUCCAGUAACAGAAUGGAAUAAGAUCUGUUGCCAUAAAUUGUAGUUAAGAACUGUAAGGCAAUCAGGCAGUGAAACUUGAUAUGGUAUUAACUUAAUGGGAACCCUGUAUACAGUUUAAAAUAUUUGUAAAAUGUCACUGUGAAUUUACAGAUGUCUUUUUAUCAUUCUUUACCAAUGAAUUUCCCCUGUGCAUAGUUAUUAAUAGUGUGGGUAUUAUUAAAAACUAAUUUGUAAGAUUGGCAUUUUAAGCAAGUUGAGGUGCUUAGGAAACAUUGUAGAAUAAGUUUGAGGAAAUGUUAGCUGACACAGUUGAGAGAUCAGAUUUUCAUGUUCUACCACUGUAAUGGAACCUCAUUUGGGUAUUCUUCUAGACCUUUGCUAGCUGUGUGGUCUGAGGACCAGUAAAUAGGAUUGGCAUUAUGUGGUAUCUUGUUAAAAAUGCAGAAUUUCAGUGCCACUCUAGGUCUACUAAAUUAGAAUUUGCAUUCUUAACAAGGUUCCCAAGUGAUUGUUAUGAGAAGAAUGUAUCAGAGUGCAAACAAAUUACUUGUCUGAUAUGUAGAACUACCAGUGGUCUCACAGCUCUAGAUCAAAUGUGUCAGACACUAGGUCAUUAUAAUCUUCAUUGGUUUUGACAGCUAAUUAAUUAGUUUAUUAAUAUUGACAUAUGGCUUCUUAAGUAUUUGAAUUCUAAAUUGCUAAUGAUCCUUAUUUUUGCAAUAAAAAAUGUAACAGUUUAUAUUUUUCUUGUUAACUAUAAAUGGAAUCAGAGCUGCAAAUACCUGAAAUUUUAAGUAUGAAAAGGGGUGCUACCCUUUUAUAUACUGCACAACAAACUUGCAUUUGUAUAUUCUUUAAAAAAUAUCUCUGAAGGCUUACUCAGUGAAAUGGUUCUGAUUUUUUGCUUCAAAUGAUUUGCACUAAUUGAUUUUCUGGAGAGUGGAGUUAUGUUAACAAAAUUCUUUUAUAGUUCCUUUGAUACUAUUUCAAAUAAGGAUUACACAUUGAAAGUUUUUAUAGAAAUUAUGAAAAUUGGAUAAUCUUAGCUAUGGUAACAAUGACUAUUAUCCAUACUACUUUCUCCCCACUCAACUUUCAAAUUUUAAAGUUGGGGUAGCUUUUGUAGGUCACUUUCUUAUGAAGAUGCUGAUGGUCACAGACCUCCUAAGUAUCCAGAAUAAUAUUUUUAUCAUGAGAAGGAUUCCACACACAAUUGGGGUCUUGCACCCUAUAUUUCAGAGGAUCUGAACAGAAAUUGUGGCUCCAUUGCACGUUUUAAAUCUCUAUAGAUUCUUGAAAUCACCCAACCUCUCACUUUUGAAAACCCAACGGCCUGGAGUAUUCUGGUGAAAUUGGAGCCAGCACUAGCUUUUUGGAAUCCAAGUGGGGAGAGAAACAAAGUAGACUUUUCAAGGGACUGUCCCAGAGUACCCAGGGCAAAUGUCUUCCCUUCCCUUCCUGAAGCCACAGGAAAGCACCCUGGAGUCCUUUGUAUACCACUAUGGAAAUUUUUAAGGCAAGCUCUCUAGACUUGAAGAGUUGGAAUUCUCAGCAUCUAAAUGAUGACUGAAGUUUGUUUUGAAAAAGCAAUAUUUCAUUGCCCUUUUCAACUGUGAAGCAACUGCUGAGCAAAUAUUACUCAUUUUUUUAAAAAAAGUUGAAUUAAAGGGAAAUAUAUUUUUAAAACCAAAAUAGAUCAAAAUGAUCCCAGUUUUAAGGGAUUUUGCCUAUUUUGGAAGAAUAAAACUAAAAUGUUAAAACUGUUGAAUUAUGGAGAACAGAUGUAGUCCGAGACAUAAUUUUAAACAAAUAUUUAAAAUAAGGCAGUUAACAUUUGCGUCUAGGCACAAUAAAUCUAUAUUAAAGGGAAGCACAUCAAGGAAAUAUAUAUAUGUUGAAUAAUGUAACUGAAAAAUAUUUUUUAAAAACCACUUAAAAAGAAAAAUAAUUUGAUGGGUACUUAAAGCAUUGUAGAUAUAAAUUAAUGUAUAAUAGUGUCUUCCCAGUCUUUGUAUGAAAAAUUAAAACUCUCUAGUCCUUUAAUGAGCAUGAAUUCAUACUUCUAGAUUUGUUGCUUAAUAAAAUUAUACUCACUACUUUGACUUAUUCAGAUUUAUGUUUACUAUUGUUAAAUUCUUAUCAGAGAGCGUAAAUAUAUUGUUUUCUAUACUUUGUAACUUGUGCAUAUCUAAAGAAACUAACAGUGAACAUUUUGGGAGAUGUUUUUGUGUUUUUUUAUAGUAGAGUUUUAGAGUACCUGUGUCUUAAUAGGAAGUUUUUACCAUAAACCCAAGAUUUUAUUUCACGUAUUGUUGCUUUCUCUUAUAUGGAGCUUAUUGUGUACCUCUUACCUUUAUUUCUAAUCAUUUGGUGAUACUAAUCUUUUCAUAGUAAAUAUAUUUGUUUCUAAUUAUAUUCCUAGAGUUUACAUUCCUAAAGAAUAAACUCUGACUUUGGAUAUUUUUAUGUGUUCCCUACCUUCUUAAGGCUAUGGAAAUAAACUGGAGUUUAGUUUUUUGAAUUUUUGUAUAUUUGCGUAAAUGUUCUCCAUAUGCAGUACUUUAUACCACAAGUGUUGCCUCUUGUUUUAUUGAAAUAAAAACUGAAAAAAAUAUUUUUUCCAGAUCAGUUUACUCAUUUAAAAAAUUGUUAUAAAAAUUUGCAGAAGUUAUGAUAUGAAGGAACAGAGUAAAGGAGGAAGACUUAGGUGAGUUGAGCCAUUGAGAGCUUUUGGGGGUAAGUGAUAAGACAAUGACCUCAUUCCUGGCUUUGUGCUUUAUAUGUCAUAGGGCUGAGGAGUAUGACAGGUCCACUCGUAUUUAUCCAAAGAUGAAGAUGAGCUCUAUGGGCCAUGCACCAGUGGCGGAUUAUUUGUCAUAUCAGAAGCACAGGCAAAUUUAGGUAACAUCACUCUGUCCUUCUAACUUUAGAAUCUUUAUUGCCAGGUGUGGUGAGUAGUAGUCCCGACUACUCUGGAGGUUCACUUGAGCCCGGGAAUUUGAGACCAGCCCGGGCAAUAUAACGAUAUUUUAUCUCUUAAAAAGAAAAAAAAAAAAAGAAGAAGAAGAAGAAAGAGUCUAUAUCUUUGAGUACAGAGAUCAUAUGCCCCUAGUACCUAGAUAGGACUUUGUGCAUGGUAGGUAUCUAGACAUUUAGUGAAUACAUGAGUUAGGUUGAUGUUAGCUUUGGAAAAGAAUCAAGGAUAAAGUCUUCAGUGUUUUCUUUAACAGUACAAUUUUAGAAUUUUGUUUGUUGGCUUUAGGAAAUCUCAGUGGCAUUACAUGAAUUGCAUUAUAUCAUGCACUUAGAAAAAAGAACCUAUGGCUGGGCGCGGUGGCUCACGCCUGUAAUCCCAGCACUUUGGAAGGCUGAGGUGGCGGUGGAUCACCUGAAGUCGGGAGUUCAAGACCAAUCCGACCAACAUGGCGAAACCCCAUCUCUACUAAAAAUAAAAUUAGCUGGGUGUGGUGGCGGGCACCUGUAGUCCCAGCUAAUCAGGAGGCUGAGGCAGGAGAAUUGCUUGAAUCUGGGAGGUGGAGGCUGCAGUGAGCUGAGAUCAUGCCACUGUACUCCAGCCUGGGCAACAGAGUGAGACUCUAUCUCAAAAAAACAAGCAAACAAACAAAAAAAAACAAAAUGGAAAAAAGAGCCUAUUAGACCCUUGAAAAAAUUCCUGGCUUGUAGUUGAUUAUAUGUUUGGUUAAUUCCAUUUCAUCUAAGGAGCUAAGUAAUUUAGGAAAUGUGUUCUUAACUACUCUUAGAAGGGUAUUUGUAGAGAACCAGAGUGGUGAUUUUGUAAGCAGUAUUUUGUCCUAUGCAAUAUGCACUCUUCCAGUAACUCCAGUAGUCCACAUAGUUGACUCACCUCCUACAACCUUUGUUAAUACCAAGAUAACUGUUUUAUAAUUGUAAAGAAAGAUUUUUUACAAGCAAUUGUAGUUAUUUUAUUAUUUUCUUUAUAUUAUUGUGAUAGUAGUGACAGCUAGUAUGUGUAAUUAAAAUGAUCAUCUUAUCCUCAAAAUCAUCCUAUAAAGUGCAUAGAAUCCCCAUUUUACAGAAGAGGAAACUGAAGCUCUCGAUAGGGUAGAGGACUUGGCUAAGGUCACCUAGCUGCUGAGUGGCAAAACUAGGCCUUGAACACAGAUCUUAGGACUCUCACUUUUAUAUCGCUUGGUAAAAGAAGGUACUAAUUAAAUCCUACCUAAUGGAGAUGUAUUUAAAAUUCACUCACCCCAUCUGUCUUAUAGGUGAUAGUUGUAAGGUAAGAUAAAAUCAAAGUGUUCUAAAACUAAAUCAUAAUACAUUUUACAGAAUUAGAGAUAAUUGUGUUUUAGUGGUCAAACAAUACUGGUUAUUCUGUUAGUGAAAGCAUGGUAAAAUGCAAAUUAAAAUAAGAUUUCUUUCUUUUUUUUCCUGUCAGAUUGAUAAAGAUGAAGAAGUUUGAUUCUAGUAUUGACAUUGGUAUGGGGAAAUCAUUAGUCACUGAGAUGAUUAGCAGGACUGUAAAUUGGUACAAAUGAAUUGGUAGGCAGUUCAACAGGAUCUAUCAGACUUUAAAGUGCACCUCAUACCCUCUGAAACAACAAUCUUACUAUUCUAUAUUCCAUUCUCUGUAUUCUACUGAAAAUUUAGCACAAAUACAUAAACAUAAGCAUGCAAGGUAUUCAUUGCAGAAUUGCUUGUAAUAGCAAAAACAAGCCAGCAAAUCUAAAUGUCUAUUAUUAGAGGAAUAGAUAAAUUAUGGUACAUACAUAUAGUGGAAUAUGAUGUAGCCAUUAAAAAGAAUGCAGAUCUGUAUGUGAUGAUUUAGACUGAUUAUAUAUUGUAUGAUCUCACUUGCUUUGUAAAUGUGUGCAGUAGUUAAAUAUGAGUGUGUGUAUGUGUAUAAUACACACUUAUGUUUGCUAGUAUGGGGGAGGAGAGCAUUGUGUCUCAAAGUGUGGUCUAAAGACAGCCUGCAUUAGGAAAUUUUUUUUUUUUAAUGGAGAUUCCUGGGCUUUGUGCUAAUUUCCCUGAAUCAGAAUCACUGUGAGUAAAACAUGGAAACCUGUAUUUCUAACAGGUUCCUCAGUUGAUGGCUUAUACAAAUGUAAAAUAUAGUCUAAUAGCUGACAGCAAUGAAUUGGAUAUCUGGUAGUGGAUUGUAGUUAGAAAGGGCAAACUUCUUGAAGAGAUCUUGUAUUUUAAAUGAGGCCUACCUAAGAUAAAGCCAGUUGAUUAACAUUAUCAACAUAGACCUGUUAAUGAAGGUGAAUUGGCCUGACAUAGAAAAAUGAUUCUACCGUACAGGAGUACACACCAAUUAAAUGAGCAAGCCUUUUAAAAAAUCCUUGUUGAACUUCCCAAAUAUCAGAUGACCUGUUAAUAAAGCACAAUUAAAUAAUAGGACUUAUUGUGGUAAGAGAAAGUACCACCUUGAUUUGAUUAACUGUGUGUCAGAACAAGAAAGUAAGAUUAUUUGUAGGGCUUUGGGAUCUAUGUUCAAAUGGUUUAAGGUAUGUCUGUCAAGGCAGGGAAAUGAUUGGGAUUAGCAAAGUUGAUAGUUCAGGAUUAGUGGACACAGCAAGCAAGGGUCUUGAAGAUUCCUGGUAAGUCAACUGUUGUUUAAGAAACAAGCUGUUUGCCCAGGUGAGCAGGGCUUCACCUGUAGGAAUUGUUUUCAACCUUAGGAAUUUCCUCGACAAACAACAACAAAAAAUAGGGGUUGUUCUUGUUUUUAUUUGCUUUGUUUUGUUUAUAAUCUUAUCUUUUCUGGGCAAAGAUUUCCUGGAAUAAACAACUAAGUUAUGUUGACAUACAUGGGCUACAGUCUUAUCCAAGCUGUACUGACACUGAUAGAUUCAGUUUGCUUUUGUUAGUUCUCUCUGUUCAAAGAUUGUAAGUCAAUAUUAUGUGUACAGCAAUUGACAGGUCAUAAGUACUGCAUGCUAACUGCUUGGACCACUGGAGCCCCAACAAUUGAUGGAUCUUUGGUGACUUUUUAGUGUUCUGCUGAAGAUCUCAAAGAUUUCUUUUGAAGCUUCUUGACCUCUGUAACACUUGGUUCACACUUGUGAAGUGUUCUAAUAUAAUCCACAUCACACUGUGCUGUGACUUGUCUUUCUUAUAUCUGUCUCCCUCACUAGACCACAGCCCUGUGGGAAUAUAAUAUAACUACUACGUAAUGGUGAAUAAAGAUUUGUUUUACUAGAUAGAAUAUAAAUCAAAUCCAGGAAAUCAGUGACAGCAUAGGAGAGACUGUUGCUUCUCUUCCAUUCAAUAGAAGUCUUUGAAACUCCUUUUAUUCUCUAAUAUUCUUCAUGGAGAUGAAGAUGAAAGUUGUAAAACUUUGAUUAUUUUAAGCGUGCCUGCAUAAAAGUUUUUUGAGAAGUAAAUUAUGCAUCACAUUUCUCUUUAGUUAGAGUAUGAAUGGUGUGAAGAAUUUUCUGGGCUAAUGUUUGACAUUUAUUAUUCACUCCUGUAUAUUUGUGGUGAGUAUGAAUGGCAUCUGGACUAAUCAGAAAACAAUGUAGGAAAGGCCUAACUUCAACACUGUGAGUUCUCACUCCUUGUCUCACUUGCUUCCUUUUGUAGAAACUACAAGUAUAUUUAACUUUUGUAUCCUCGAUCCACUACUACCUACUGAGGCCUGUCGUGCAUUUAUUUUUAAACUUUUACUCUCUUCAUUUAGCCAACAUAUUUCUACUACUGUGUUGCCUGCUGUGCUGUGUCAUUUUCUACAAACAUUUUCAUCUCCAAAUCCCUUGAAAUGAAACCCUCUGGAAGAGCAUCACCACUUUUUCUUCUUCUAUUCUAAUUCCCCUCUAGUUUCCCUUCUAGUUUAAGACUUUUGUUUCAAUAUUUAUCCUUUCCUUAAGCCUUUUAAUUCAUUUAUAUCCACCAAGUUGAAUUUGAUGAGGCAAGAUAUGUUUGAAAGAAGGACAAACCCAACAAGCGAGCAAACCCAUGAAUACAUGUACAACAGGAAAUAAUAUACAUUUCCCAGUUCCCUGAAGCGGGUAAAAUUGAGACUGAUUAUACAAGCAGUAUUGCACAGCAUGCUGAUACUAGCUCAACAUAGUCUACAGUGUUUCAGCUUCACUCAGAGAUAGUUCUGGAGGACAGUGAGGAAAUGAACUUUUCCAGUGAGAAUAAAUAUGAGCACUAUUUCUAGUCUGCUUUGCACCGAAAGUACAGAUCACCAUUUAUAACUGGCCAGGUGACUGGAAACACGAACAUAAUAAGAUUGGAGGAUGAGUGAUAAAAAAUGGGAGCUAAACAUAUUGGACUUCUUAAAAUAGGCUCAAAAUGCAAGAAUAAUUGUUUCCUACAAACAUUAAACAAAGGCCCUAUGGUGAAGGAGGUGCUAAAUAAUCAGAUGGUCAGGAUGACUUUGAGGGUAUCAGUAAAUCUGUUUGGUAUUCUAGCCCUUGUUCAACCAGUUUAUGAGCAAAGCUGCUAUACUGGAAGGAUAGGGCUACACAUGGACUUCAACAAUAAAGGCCUCCUUUCAUCAAGGCUGUCUUUAUUACUGCCCAGAGCCAAAUUGGCCAGCAGCAGUGCCCAUCCUAAGAUAUAACAUCUGAGGGUGACCAGAUAGUGGCAGAUUGAUUAUAUCAAAUAUUUUCUUUCAUGAAGAGACAACUAUUUGUCCUCAUGGAAUAGAGCCUUACUCUGAAUCUGGGUUUAGGUUUGCCUUCCCUAAGCACCAUGCUUCUGUGUGCAAUACUAAGCUUCCUGUUCACCACUAUGAUUUUCCCCAAAAUAUUGCUUCUAAGAAACUUAUUUUACAAUGUAAUAAGUGAGGUAGAGGUAGAAUUACAUUUUCAGUCAUGGGAGACUAGGUAAUUAACAUCAAAAUCUCCAUUGGCAACUAGAUAAUCUAGCAAAAACUCUUUAAAACAUGAAAAUCUAGGCCAGGCGUGGUGGCUCAUGCCUGUAAUCCCAGCACUUUGGGAAGCCGAGGUGGGCGGAUCACCCGAGGUCAGAAGUUCGAGACCAGCCUGGCCAACAUGGUGAAAGCCUGUCUCUACUAAAAAUACCAAAAAAAAAAAAAAAAAAAAAAAGAAAAAAGGCCAGGCAUGGUAGCCCAUGCCUGUAAUCCCAGCUACUCAGGAGACUGAGGCAGGAGAAUCGCUUGAACCUGGGAAGUGGAGGUUGCAGGGAGCCGAGAUAGCACCACUGCACUCCAGCCUGGGCAACAGAGCAAGACUCUGUCUCUAAAUAAUUAAACAUGAAAAUCUAGAGAGGCAAGAAUUGGCACAACUUCUUUCCCGGAGGUAUUGGCUGAUUCUAGAAGAAGCAUUUAAGGGGAUAAGCCGUACUUCUUACUGCUCCAGGAUAUUAGGAGGACAAAAACUGAAUACCAGUGCCUGCCAAGUCAUAAAAGAGGGCUUAGGAAAUUUCCGUGCUUUGGGCUGGGUCCCAAAAAAGCUGCACCAUAGGAGUAAGAGCGAAUCGAAAGUGCAUCAACUCUCCCUCAUACACAGGGAGUUCAGCACGGAUUCAAACCAUCCCAAUUCCUGAAAUCAGAUUAAAAUAAUCCCUUAAAUGCUUGGUGAUAAACAAAUGCUCCAUGAAGGAGGAAAAAAACCCAUCAUAAGCCUCAAGUUCUACAGUUUUUCAAAUGCAGUCUUCACAAGAGAAAAGAAAAAUAACCAGACACUUCUACAGCAGAGCAACACUCAUUGAGAACAACAAGCAACUUUGGAUAAAAUUGCUUAAAACCUGUGUUUGAAGCCAUUGAAGAAAUUUCAGCUAAACAGGACUCUAGAAGACAAAAUACCAGAGAGAAGGUGUGCAGAGAAGAGUCAACGUAACAGGCUGAGAUGCUAUCCUUAGCCCUGAUUUUAAAGCUGAGCUUUGGCUAGCGUCUGGGAACUUUGAUUACCGGAAUGUUCCCACCAUUCCCUAACUGAUAAGGGGGUUUACUCUGUAAAUUAUAUAAACAACAUGGUUUAUGCUGAAUUCCUGCUUUCCUUCUAGGAGUCUGGAAUUGUGAUUCGUGCUAGGCAGAGGGUGCCUAUGUCACCAGCUUCCAAUACAAACUUUGAGCAGUAAGACUCUUAAGGAGCAUCCCUGGCAGACAUUUCACACCUGUUGUCACAAUUCAGUACUGAAGUAAUUAACCACAUCCUAUGUGAUUCCACAGGGAAAGGAUUCUUGGAAGCUUGGGUCAGGCUUCCUCUAGACUUCACCCCAUGUCCAUUUCCCCUUUGCCGAUUUUGCUUUGUAGUACUUUGCUCUAAUAAAUCAUAGCCAUGAGUAUGACUGUA